GCGCCGGGUGGGGCCGGCGGGAAAGGAGCGCGCUUCCCGCCGCGCUGCGGGUCCGGGCGCUGCGCUGAGCGCUCUGGGCCGUCCCGAUGUGACAUGAAAACCUGUGGGGGGUUUUUGGUCCCCACCGCGCGGCUUUUAGCGCUGAAGGAUUUGAAAGGGUUGUGCUAAGGUUGCUUGUCGCUGGAGAAAAUCUUUCUUAGCCGCUGCAAAUGAUGUGAACCGAAUCCGUUACGUGUGGCACGGCCCCGUCUUGUGGAUAACCUGUCCUGUUUGCUGCGACCUGGCAGGCAAACUUGCCCACUUUUUUUUGUUUGUUUGUUUGUUUUUCCCUCUUGUCCCGCACCUGCCGCCCCCAGGGCCCUCCUCUCCGUGCGUGUGGUCCCACCGGUCCAUAUCAGCUCAGAGCCCUCCUCAGAUCCCUCGGGAUCACUGAGGCUGGGGAAGGGCUCUGAGAUCACCACUGCCAGCCCGUGCCCACUGCCCACGUCCCCGUGUGCCACAUCUCCACCAUUCUCCAACCCCUCCAGGGACGGUGACCCGCCGCCCCCUGGGCUCCACCACACUUUCCGAGAGGAAAUGGUUCCUGGUAUCCAACCUCCAUCCCUCGGAGGCAGCCUGCAUGGCGAGGCGUCCCGCUUCCAAAGUGAAGUUCGAGCUGAAGCUGGCAGCUCACGGUGCUGUGAAGUGUGUGAUGGCAGGGAUUGAUCUGCCACUGGUGUAGGCUUUUUUCCCCUCGUUCUUUAAGGGUUUGGUGUGAUGAUGGCAGCGGGAGAAAAGUUUGAAUUUGUGCAAUUUAGCUUAAGUAGACCAAAUAUGGUAAUGUCGUGUUGGGGGGAGCUCAGCCUGCCUGCAAUCAGUGUUCGCCAAAGUAGCUUGAAAUGCAUUUGUAUCACUUAAUGUUAUAAUGUAAUAUGUGUUUUCAAAGUAACUAGAUAUUUCUAAUCAUAAAGAAUGCCUGCAUCUCUUGUCCUGCGUGCAAUCAUGCUAUAAACAAAAUUACCAUGUCUGGCUCCAGGCACGAGGAAGUUGUAGAUCGCUGGAGGCUGGAACGUAAAAACAGGGAAUAAACACUUUUGAUAUAUAAAGCAGAAUAUAACUAACAAGAACAUGUAAUCAGCGUAGGUGCAGGACAGGCACAAGACGUUUAGUCUUAUGUGUACUGUAAAUGUAAACCAACUUACUGUAGUUGUUUUGUGUGUUAUUGAGCCUGGAAAAUACUCUGCGUUAAAUGGGGAAGGUCAGUGGCAUCAAGAACCUCUAUGAGUCUGAACUGGCUGAUGCUCGAAGAGUUCUGGAUGAAACAGCCAAAGAGAGAGCGAGGUUACAGAUCGAAAUAGGAAAACUGAGGGCUGAACUUGAGGAGUUCAAUAAAAGCUACAAAAAGAAAGAUGCAGAUUUGUCUGUUGCUCAAGGUCGCAUUAAGGAUCUUGAAGUACUCUUCCAUAGAAGCGAAGCAGAACUCAAUACUGUCCUGAAUGAGAAACGCAGCCUGGAGGCAGAGGUGGCUGAUCUGCGUGCCCAACUUGCUAAGGCUGAAGAUGGUCAUGCUGUGGCUAAGAAGCAGUUGGAGAAGGAGACACUUAUGCGUGUGGACCUGGAGAAUCGGUGCCAGAGUUUGCAGGAGGAUCUGGAUUUCAGGAAGAAUGUGUUUGAGGAGGAGAUAAGAGAGACAAGAAAACGACAUGAGCAUCGUUUGGUUGAAGUGGACACCAGUCGGCAGCAGGAGUAUGAAAACAAAAUGGCUCAGGCCCUGGAGGACCUGCGAAAUCAGCAUGAUGAGCAAGUCAAGCUGUACAAAAUGGAGCUAGAGCAGACCUAUCAGGCUAAGUUGGAGAAUGCCAUCCUGGCCUCUGACCAGAAUGACAAAGCUGCUGGUGCAGCUCGGGAAGAGUUGAAGGAGGCUCGCAUGAGAAUAGAAUCUCUCAGCUACCAACUUUCUGGCCUUCAGAAACAGGCUAGUGCAGCUGAAGAUCGCAUUCGUGAGUUGGAGGAAACGAUGGCUGGUGAACGGGAUAAAUUUAGGAAGAUGCUUGAUGCCAAGGAGAGGGAGAUGACAGAAAUGAGGGACCAGAUGCAGCUGCAGCUUACCGAAUACCAGGAACUGCUUGAUGUGAAAUUAGCACUAGACAUGGAAAUCAGCGCUUACCGAAAACUCCUGGAAGGAGAGGAGGAAAGGUUGAAGCUCUCUCCGAGCCCCUCAUCCCGUGUUACCGUCUCUCGGGCUACCUCCAGCAGCAGCAGUAGCAGUACUUCACUUGUCCGCUCUUCCCGAGGCAAGAGACGACGGAUUGAGGCAGAGGAGCUCUCAGGCAGUGGAACAAGUGGAAUUGGCACUGGGAGUAUCAGUGGCAGCAGUAGCAGCAGUAGCUUCCAAAUGUCCCAGCAAGCUUCAGCUACAGGAAGUAUCAGCAUUGAAGAGAUAGACCUGGAGGGAAAAUACGUUCAACUGAAGAACAACUCGGAGAAGGAUCAAUCUUUGGGUAACUGGAGACUGAAAAGACAAAUUGGAGAUGGAGAAGAAAUUGCUUACAAAUUUACUCCGAAGUAUGUCCUCAGGGCUGGGCAGACUGUAACAAUCUGGGGUGCAGAUGCAGGUGUAUCUCACAGCCCCCCUUCUGUUCUUGUGUGGAAGAAUCAAGGCAGCUGGGGCACCGGAGGAAAUAUCCGCACAUACCUCGUGAACUCUGAUGGAGAGGAGGUUGCAGUGAGAACUGUUACUAAGUCAGUUGUCGUGCGAGAGAACGAAGAGGAAGAGGAUGAAGCAGACUUUGGAGAGGAGGACCUUUUCAACCAACAGGGGGAUCCCAGAACAACUUCUCGAGGAUGCUUAGUGAUGUGAAGAAAGAAAAAGAAAGAAACUAUUACUUGCUAUUUUUUCCAUUUAUUUCCUUUUAUUUUUGCUAUUUUUUUUUUCCUCCAGAGCCACUGAAAACUAUUUUUAUACGUAUCAUCUGAUUUCUUUGAUGGUUACUCCUUGGUACAUUUUUAUAUAAAAAAAAAUCUAAAAAAAAAAAAACCUUUACUGAACAAAACUGCCAGAAUUUUUAAUAGAUUUCUUAAUUUCUCUCUCUUUGUUGAAACACUGUAUUGGAAUGAUUUUUUUCCCUAUACAGAGUUUAAAGUCUUAUGCACAAACCUGCAGCAGAAAAGAAAUUAUUAGCUAAAAAUGGGACGAGACUCCUUGAGUGUAUGGUAAACCUGUGCUUUGUGCAUGUAUAAGCAGGAUAACUUAAAAAACACAACAAAGUUUAAGAAGGGAUGUUUACCUGCAGGGCCUUGGGAGAGAUUGGUGAUAACAUUUCUCUAUCCUUUAAGAAAUGAUAGGAUCUUGUGGGUGCCCAGCUUGGAAAAAUUAUGCCCCAAAUUCAUUAGAAGUGCUUCUCCACCAAUGUAAGUAAUAAGGGUAGCUGCCUUUUAGCCAGGUCUUGGCUCAGGACUGUGGAUUUCUGUCCUACUCUAGGAUUUGACAGCCUGAUGAUCAUCAUCUGAAUCCUGUCAGUGCUGUGGCUCCGUGUCAUUAUUUCACAAGACGGAGAGCGAUGGCUUCUGCUGUCUGAAGAUGUAUGGGAGUGUCAAAAACAGACUUCUAAUCAUUGUGUUCUCAAAGGAUUUUGACAUUGUAACAAAUGAGAUCUCGUUAAAUUGUGAAUGCAAGUUGUGAUGUAUAGUAUUUAUGAUGUUAAGCAUCAUGAUUUAAUGAUUUUGACAUAUUCAGCAUUGAACAGAAUGACUAAGAUUUUAAUGUUGAAAAUAUUUUUACUUCUGGCAUUGAUAAAUAUUUGGGGUUUUAAAGGUUAUCCUGUGUAAAUGUUGAUUUUUGUUUUGUUUUGUUUAAUCAGACCUAGAUGCAGCUUGUCCAUACUUGUCUUAUAUUCAGAGGGUCAUUGUCAGACACAUUAAGCAGCAUCUGCAGAGUAGUUCAGAAAUAGCUGAGUGACAUUUUUGAGAGUUAUAAGGAACUGCUGUUGAUGUGGACAGAAGCAUUACUUUGCAGUAUUCAGAUCCUCAGAGUAACAGUGAGUAACGUGAACAGCCUUUUUUUUAUAAAGAAUGCUUUGUAUCAGUAGCAGAUGGUUUUUAUUUCAGGAUGAUGACUUUGGUAUCUGACAGUGUCCCUUUGGCUUAAGGUUUCUUCUGCUGCACUUCUGUGGAGAUAGCUGUGGCUCUCCUAAGGUCAGCAUUCAGAUAGCAGUGCAUCUUCAACACUAGGAAGAAUAUUUGACUGCUCCAAAGAAUGCAUUGGCUACUGUCAAGCAAAUAGUUUUUCCACUAGUUCUUAGUUUGGAUGCUGUUUGCUGACAGCACAGAAUGCUGUUGUUACCUGCACUCUUGAGCUCUGACCCUGUCAUUUGAGUAGUUGAGACUCAUCAAACAAGCAGCGAGGUUUGGAUGUUUUCGGUGGCUUUUGGACAUUGUGUUCUCUGAACAAUAUUAUGACUGACAGAUGUAACCUAGGAGGUCAUUUUAGUGGCUUUGACUGAUGGCUAUGCAGUGCAAGCAGGGUGGGAACAGAAGUGAGAUUUCUAAGCUUAGGUGUGUAUUUUUUGCCAUCUAAAAAUAAAUUCAAGACGCUACUUUUCUCUGUUCGGGUGGGAUGAUUUAAUUACUGAAGUCAAUGAGCAUAAUUCUGAUUAUGUGUUAGUUCAGCAGGCGGUGCGUUACAAAAAGCAGUGGGGAGAUUUGGCUGUUUGGGCUGAAGGGGUCACUCCGUGGGUAUCGUUGGCCAUUUUUCAAGUGUAAUUUUCCCACUCUGCUUGAGUAGAAGGUGAAAUAUGUAGUAAAUCAUGUCUCUCUCUCUCUGUAAAGUGUAUCUAAUGAAAUUAUGUUUCUCAGACAUACUGUUAACCAAUUGCCUUUUCUAAAUUUGUUGUUAUACAAAUGGAUGCAAUCAGUGUAAAAGUAUUUUCACAGUGCACCUUCCAACCACUGGGCAGCAUUUCCCUUUCUGACCCACAGCUUCUGUACCACACUCACACAAUGUUUGAGAGCUUUUUGCAGUUUUUCCCUGUAUUUAUUUUCUUUUCACAUUGGCCAGUUUUCAGAUUGCUUAUUUUUCUUGAGGAUUUUCCUGUAAAUAUGAUUGCUCUGUGAUCUUAAAUACUAAAGAAAUGAAUGUGCUUUUUUUUUCUUGUGAUUUAUAUAUUUUUUUCUUUUUCUGUAAAGAAUGGGCAGAAAGGCAGCUUGAAUGAGGGAGAACCUCUUGCUACCUGAGCCACUGAUUUCUUAAUAGCUACUGUAUGGGAGAUGUGUCACCUCAGCCUUACAGGGCAGUGUUUUAUCUUACACCCCUCAAUGACAGCAUGCAGAAUUUCUCCUUGGAUUUGGAGCUGUUUCCUGUAAGUUUGGAAACACUUUCUUUUCUUUUUUCACAUAUAGAGGUGCUCACAGAAAGCAGUGAUGUGGGGGAAGCUUAAUUCAGCAGGCUAAGUGUUGGUAAUUCACAGUGCUUUCUAAAAGGCUGCUUACAGUUUGAGAAUAAUUCCUCACUGUAAAUCACAAGACACAGACAAACUACUGUAUUCCACUUGUUUUCUUUGUGUCUGUCUUCUUCAGACAAAGUUCCUUCCUCUUGCUUUUGAUGCUGAGCUUCAGCAUAACUUUAAAUUGGUGCUCCAUACUGGAAGGUUUUCUUUUGCUUUACUGAACCAAAAAGCAUUGCUGCUGCUUUUUCUCUUCAUCAAGGAUUUUCUCUUUUCAUUUUCACGAUAAUUGAAAUGUUCUCUUCACCUAAAAUCCAGUGCCACGUUGCUCUCCUUUUCUGUGUAGUCCUGUAGGUGAACCAGCUCUCAGGGAUUUGGAGGAUAGUCAGCAUUUCUGCUCUGCUGUCUGAUACCAGGAGUGGAGCUUGAAGGGGACGUGCAGUGGACUUGUCAGGAAAAAUGAUUUUAAGGCUUCUCUGAUGGGAGAAGUUAAUCAGUGUAGUUCAUGUCAGAGUGUUUGAGAGUAACUCCCCAUACAGAAGAACAAGCUAACAGCUUUAUUCUGGGUGAAACAGUGCAAAUGAGCCCUGAAUAACUUACACUGGGGGAGACGGGGAAGGAAUAACAGCAUAACUACAGAAAAAUAGUUAAGCUGAUCUUUUAACUGUGUAGAUGUGGGGAAAGCCCCAUCGCACCCACUUCUGUCUUUGUUGCUUUAGCUGUUGUGUUGCAGUGACUUGUUCCAAGCAAUGGAGUGGCUGUGAUUCCUUUGUUGCUGCACACCUUUAGCUCGUAGUCUGUGUGCAUGGGCUGCUUCAGGCCCUGACAGAACCAGCAGCUGAUACACUGAUCAUACAUUGAUCCCUUCUGCUGUUAGAUAGCCGCUAGCUGGCACUGUUUGUGUUUGUAGCAGGAAUCAAUAGUCUCAGGAAGAAAACAAACAUCUGCUUCCCAUGGACUGUAAUGGAAAAGCCAGAUGAGCUGGUCUGCAGCUCUUGUUAGUCACCAAAACCGUAUUGCAGUGCGAAGCAGAGCAUACUGUGAAAGGAGAUUCCCUUCAUGUGCACAUUUAUCCUCGAGCAACAGGACACCUCAUGUUGAGUUUAGGGAUCGUAGUGUUUUUUAUGCACCCUUUUUCUUUGUAAUCCUGCAUGAAGGCCUUUUAGCUGCAACCUGAGCAGGGGAUGGUUGGAAGAGGCUCCUAGAAAUCCUCUUUACACCCCAGAACAUUUGAGAAUCUUUUUCUUUUGUGUGUAUUAAGAUUGUGAUGCUGUUUGCCAAUGCUCUGUGUUGUAAGCCUUGUAGCCACUUCUCUCCCUUCCUUAAGCCAUUCAUUCUCUAUUUUCUUUUUAAAAUCUUCUCUCUAAACAAAGGCAUAUCCAUAUUCCAUACUGGAUUUCAUUGCCACUGUUGGGUCCAAACCCUGAGCCCUGUGCAAGCAGGGGACGAAGCUUUGUUGUAAACCAGUGAGUGGAAGGUGAGAUAGUGAUUGCAUUUUUGAAUCAUUGUUUUAGCUGACCAGCAAGACAAAUGAGAGGUUGUCAUUUGUCCAAUGUCUAAAAUGGCCUGGGAAACAGAAUUUUUAAUUGCCCUUCAAUGUGCUUAGCUUUAAACCACUUUAAAAUAAUUUAAGUGUUUGUUUUUUUUAUACAAAAUCAUAUUUACAUGCAAUUAUCAUUUGUAAGCAUAAUGCCUUUCUUGAAAUGCUAAGGUCUAGAGAGUGAAUGGGACUCUUCAUGUCAAAAGACUCCGUUCAAAACCGCACGAGCAGCAAAUCGACACGGAGUUCAGGAAGAAAGUGUCGUAUUGGACCCACGUUUUCCUGUUGGCUGUUAACAAAGUGAUGAUCCUUUGUGAGGUAAAUGCUGCUGUGUAUCUCAGCUGCCCAGAUGUUCAUCACACUAAAAUCAUGAGCAAUAAGCUGUUCUAAGCAAGGGCGAGCCAAAACACUUUACAUUUGGGCAGAACAGUAACUUCUCCGUUCAGCUCUGUUCGUAACGAUGGUGGUGAUGUGAUUGAAUUGUGGAUUUGGUUUUGCAUCACCUUGUAGUUAGCUCUGGGCAGUGUCACUGCCUGCACUCAGCUGCUGCCAACCCAUUUUCAGAAGGCUCACAUUUUAUUUAAAAGAAGGAAUUGUGAGCAAGUGUACAGAUUGGAACACAAACACAAAAGGAUGGAAGUGUUCCAUGGAGCUCAUGAAAACCGCAUGAUGAUCUAGACUUUACCAUUUCAAAAUGUUGUGGUUUUAUUUUUAUUUCUUUCUUUUUAGAAUAUGCAUGCCAAACGUCUUGUCUUUUUCAAUGAUUUGUAAUAUACAUUUUAAGACUGGAAACUUUUUGUACAACACACUCAAAUAAAUGUUUUGCAUUUUA